CCUUCAAUUUUGCGUUCGUUGGCAUCAUCAUCACAUCACAUCCCACCAUCCAUCGCUCCAUCAGUAGACUAGCUAGGCCGUUCCAAGCACUCUCUAUCCAGUUGCCAUGCCAAGCACCAUUGUACUUCUUGUUACCAUUAUCAUUAUCUAAACUUGUAAUACCAUGAUGAUUCGCGGUGGAACAGCCUUUUGGACGCUCUUUCUCUUGGUAGCAGCAGUCACCGUCCCCUACUAUACAUCUGCUUUGGCAAGUGCAUCCCAAUCGUCGUACGAUGUCGUCAUUAUCGGUGGCGGGGCAGCCGGGUUAACAGCCGCCAAGGUGGCAUCGACGUUUGGCAAGUCCACCGUCAUUGUCGAACAGGCACGCAUGGGAGGAUAUUGUACGUGGACGGGAUGUGUCCCCAGCAAAUCCUUGAUUGCGGCCGCCAAAGCGGCCCAUACCAUUCGCACGGCACCCACCAAAUUUGGGGGGAUUCAAACAAGUGGCAAUGACUUGCAAAUUGAUAUGAAAGCCAUCAAGGACAAAAUUCGAGCCAAAAUUCAACACAUUCACGACGAAGAUGAUUCUCCCCAAGCCAUGGCCAAGUUGGGGAUUGAUACUAUUGUCGGGAAAAAGGCGACUUUUGUGGAUGACAAGACACUCCAAUUGAGUACUGUUGGCAAAAAUGAUAAUGACAAUGACAAUGAUACAUCCUUGUUGCAUGCCAAAAUGGGCAUUGUCAUUGCCACGGGAGCGUCGCCCAUGGAACCAUCCGAUGAUUUGAUUCAAGGACUUUCCACAGUUCCAUUUUUGACCUAUGAACAAAUAUUUGACCUGGAAGAGGUACCCAAACGAUUGACAGUGGUGGGGGGAGGACCCAUUGGAUGCGAAUUGGCACAAGCAUUUGGUCGAUUAGGGGCCACUGUCACGCACGUGGCCGAAACAUUACUGGAACGAGAAGAACCAGAAGUUUCCGAAACAUUGGAAAAAGUAUUUGCCAAGGAAGGAAUCCAACGAUGCAAAGGAAAGGUUGUCAAGGUCGAAAAGGACGGCAAUGGUGGGCACAAAUUCACCUACCAAACUUCCGAUGGAUCCAAAACGGGUACCGGAGAUCUCCUGUUGAUUGCCGUCGGUCGCAAACCCAACACGGCUGGAUUCGGACUCGAAGAGAUUGGAGUCCAACUCAACAAGGAUGAUAAUAAUUGCAUUGAAACCAAUGACAAGAUGCAAACUUCUGUCAAACGCAUUUAUGCCGCGGGAGACUGUACUGCCAAACAACAAUACACCCACUAUGCGGGAUUCCAGGGUGGCAUUGCCGCUCGGAACAUUGUUCUGCCGUUUAGUGACAAGGGAGUCAAGGCACCGGAACAAAUACCAUCCGCCACGUACACGGCCCCGGAAGUCUCUUCGAUUGGACUGCGACAUGCCCAAGCCGUGGAAGAAUACGGCGCCAAAAAUGUCGGUGUCGCCGUCCAAUCCAUGAGUCAUGUCGAUCGGGCCAUUUGCGAAAGCGAAGAGGAAGCUGGAUUGAUCAAGAUUGUCUAUCUCAAAAAGAAUCUCAAGAUUCUGGGUGCCACCAUUAUGGGACCUGCGGCGGGGGAAAUGAUUUGCGAAAUUGGAGUCGCCAUGUGAAGAAAAAUCUCCCGGCGAACUGGAAAUCCAGGUCAGUCGUGCAAACCUGAGGCAAAGCCGAAGGUGCAUGAUUGACCGUGGAUUUGAAGCCCGAGGCAGAGGCUCAACCAAAGCAGAGGCUGAGGCAAAAGGAAGGCCGAAGGCCUGGAAAAGCCGAAGCCGAUGCUGAGGUUGAAGCCGAUGCCAAGGGCGCCAGUGAGGCGGGAGAUCUUUGUAUGUAAUCUACACUGCCAUAAGCCCGAGGAAUGGUCAACAAGAGAGCCAUUGUUUGUUGUUGUCGCGUGUUGUUGCUGGUUGUUGUUGUUGCCGAUCCUUGUUGUUGUCAUGUACGCGGUAGGUACAGUUUACCGGUGAAUCAGUCGUGUUUCAUUGCCAUUUCAACGGCUAGUAGCUUGUCCUGGGUUUACUUAAUUAAAAGGAACGAAACGGCCGAAAAUCCAACUGUAGGUUUAUCACGAUACUACUAGUGGGAUCUUACCCGCCAAAUCAUACUCAAGAAAACGGCUGAGAAUCCAACAGUGGAUUUUGCACAGUAACUACGGUACUAGAUCAGUAAAACCUCCAAUCAACUAGCUCCUUAUACAAACCUGGGAAAUGGCACUCAAAAUCCAUGUGGAAGCUUUUAUUAAAUCUUCAGAUUGGAUUCCAUGCCAAACUAUCCUUUGAUCA